CGGACAGCUGGGAGGCAGAUGCGGCCGUGUCGGUGAGGGAGGUGCUUGAGGCGUCAUCCUUAAGUCAUGCCUCUCUCAUUAUCAUGACUGAAAUUAGUUCCCCGAGAGAUGUCCAGAAGCUCCUCGGUACCUCGCAGGGAGUGGCAAUGUUUGAGACACCUUUGAAUGGGCCAAAACUCGCUCAGGUGGUCACACGCGCCCGCAAAGUGCGGAUGGCGUCGUGGAUGGUCGUGGUGGUGGUGGUGAGUGACGACCCAGUCUUCCUGGCCGCCUUUGCCCAACAGGCCCGUGAGGGUCGCCUGCUGGUGUGGGCCACGAGGCUCAUAGUGGUGAGCCGCCGUGCACUGCACAGCCUCCACCCGCUCCACCAGAUUCUGUCCCUUACCAACUCCCUCCUGCUGCUGGUGGAUGGUGCAGCGGGGGUGGCCAGGGCUUCCGUGAAGGCAGUGUUGCCUUUCCAACGUCCCAGAGACGCAGUGCUGUGGAGAGCGUCUUGGACGGUGGGCAAUGGUCUCCAGUUACGUCAGCCGCUCUUCUGGGAUAAAUUCAAGAAGUUUUCUAAAGAAACAAAUUUGGUUGUGACAAUGGAACCUAAUGACAGGCACACAGUAGUGAUGGUCCCGGACCCAACGGCUCCAGGCGGUGAACGGCCAGUGUUUAAAGGCUACAUGAUUACUGUCGUUGAAUAUCUGGCGCAAGGACUUAACUUCUCAUGCACGUUCCGGCGGCCACCAGAUGGUGUGUGGGGAAUGAAACUGAAGAACGGUUCUGUGAUCGGUAUGGUGGGCCAGGUCCACAGGGAGGAAGUGAAUAUGGCUUUGGGACCUUUCGCUAUCAACGCCGCUAGGUACGAAGCUGUGGAUUUCACUUGGCCGGUUGUCUACAUGCGUGUCAAGGUGUUCGCUGGCCGAAGACUCCUGAAAUCGAUCCGUGGGGCUUCUUGCUGCCCCUCGGCCGCUGGGUGUGGGCGAUGGUGUUCGCCUUCCUUCUGCUGCUGGCUCUGGUCUCCUUCCUUCUCUCAUCCAAGUUCUCCCCACAUGAUGUAUCGGCAUCCUGCUGUAUGGUGUAGCUGUCUUGGCUCGGCAGCCGUGUCUUUGGGCGGUGGCGGGUGGAUGUGGCAGCGCGUGGUGCUGGGCGUGUGGAUGCUGAUGACCAUGGUGCUGACGCGAAGCUACGAGGGAAAUCUCAUGUCGUUGCUGGCCGUGAGACACCUGCCCCAACCCUAUCAGACCCUAAGGGACGUGGUGGACGACCCCUCGGUGGUCAUGGUCUGGUUUAAACAAGGUGCCACCAUGCAAGCAGUUAUGGUAUGUAAUCACACACACACACACACACACACACACACACACACACACAUACAGAGCUCGCUCCGUAAAGGCCACGUCACACGAUGCGUCUUUUGGUCGGCUGGGUGUCUGGGCGGGUCUUGGCAGGUAAUUCAAAUUCGCGCGCCUGUACCCCGUCAUGCGGUCACACGAUGACUCAUUGUCCCGAUGCGCGCCACGGCCGUCCAGUGUGGAAUGGGUGACACCUGACAUCCGCUCACCACUCACCCAGAGAUAACGCACAACUGCUCUUUGGGGUAUUGUGUUGCCUUGUGCUAUCAAGAAGAAAAGAAGAAUAGAAAAAUAUGGGCGAGACAACGGCUUCUUCGAAGACAAACUUUAGGCAUCUAUCAGCAGAUAUUCAGAGCACUAGCAAUAGAAGGCGAUGGAACUUUAAAAAACUAUACGAGGCUGCCUGUGACUGUUUUUCACACCUUACUGGAAAAAACAAGGCCCUUAAUAGAAAGACAGGACACAACAAUGCGGGAAAGUGUUUCAACAGGAGCCAGACUUGAAGCAACACUUCUGUUUCUGGCUACAGGCUGUUCAUUCACCAGGCUACAGUACCACACCAGAAUAUCAAGAACAUCCCUCAGCGUCAUAAUACUAGAGACCUGUCAAGCUAUCUACUAUGUACUAAAGGAUGACUACAUAAUUAAAAUGACA